AUGUGGAUGCUCUUCUUCUUGAGUGCCUUGCUGGGGGUAUUGGGGUCACAGGAAACGCCCUCUGGAGCAGCCCAGCAGCUUCAGGCCCUUCACUGCCCGCCCUGCGAGCGGAUACACUGCUCCUCCCGGCGGGCGCUGAAGCUCCAGUGUAAAGGCGGCGUCACGACGGGCGUGUGCGGCUGCUGCCCCGUCUGUGCCAGAGCAGAGGGGGAGACCUGCGGAGGGACGUGGGACUAUCUGGGCAAGUGUGACGAGGGACUAGUGUGUGUUCACCAGGACUCAACAACAGCUGACAGAGCAGACGCAGAGCGCAGAGGCACCUGUGAAGCAGUGAUUGAGUCAUCGGAUCCAGAGAGCUGUCACCCAGAGUGCACCAGGGAGUACUGUCAGGCCAACCCCUCUGAAAUCUGCUCUGCAAGGUUUGUAUCUCUGGAGAAGACAGCGUGCCAGGGCUCCUGCCAACACACCUCCUGUUCAAGCUGUCUGCUGUUGAAACCUCCAUCAUGCCCUCAGACCUGCAGCCCCUCCGACUCCUCCUGUCUGCAGCACUUUGGGAAGUGUGUGCACAAUCACCUGACAGCCACUCAUAAUCCUGUAUGCCACAACAACCUGCAGAGUCAUCCUGAGGGGCAUUUCCUGUGUUUGGUCCCAGCCUGUCCGAACGCAGCCAAGUAAAGAAAAGAAGUCUUCACUAGUUCAUGUAGCAAAAUGGAAAAAAGGCAGCUAUCUAUUAACUUUGUGUAUAACUUGAAAAUUCAAAAACAAUCACAUUUUGUAUGCAAUGUGAAUAAAAACCUGUGAAAUGUAAUGUAUUAUUGAAUCAUGAGAAAUAAAAUGACAUGUCAUACUGUG